AUGUCCUCGGUGUUCGGGAAAUCCCGCAUGGGCAGCGGGCCGCAGAGCGCGCCCCUCGAGGUCAACCUGGCCAUCCUGGGGCGCCGCGGGGCAGGCAAGUCCGCCCUGACCGUGAAGUUUCUAACCAGGAGGUUUAUCAGUGAAUAUGACCCCAACUUGGAGGACACCUACAGCUCUGAGGAGACUGUGGACCACCAACCUGUCCACCUGAGGGUCAUGGACACUGCGGACCUGGACACUCCCAGGAACUGUGAGCGCUACCUGAACUGGGCCCACGCCUUCCUAGUAGUGUACAGCGUCGACAGCCGCCAGAGCUUCGAGGGCAGCAGCAGCUACCUGGAGCUGCUUGCUUUGCACGCGAAGGAGACACAGCGCAACUACCCUGCUCUGCUGCUGGGCAAUAAGCUAGACAUGGCCCAGUACAGGCAGGUCACAGAGGCAGAGGGUGCGGCCUUGGCGGGCAGGUUUGGGUGCCUAUUUUUUGAAGUCUCUGCCUGCCUGGACUUUGAACACGUGCAGCACGUCUUCCAUGAAGCAGUGCGGGAGGCACGGCGGGAGCUGGAGAAGAACUCCCUGGCCCGGCCCCUCUUCAUUUCCGAAGAGAAAGCCCUGCCCCACCAGGCUGCACUCACCGCCCGUCAUGGGCUGGCCAGCUGCACUUUCAACACGCUUUCUACCGUCAGCCUGAAGGAGAUGCCCACCGUAGCCCAGGCCAAACUGGUCACUGUGAAGUCAUCCCGGGCCCAAAGCAAGCGCAAGGCACCGACCCUGACCCUACUGAAAGGCUUCAAGAUCUUCUGAAGGCCCCCCUGAGGAUCCCAGGCUCGGAGGCUGGGCAGGGCUGCAGGAUGUCUGAUGGAACAAUAGCCUGCACCCUCUGGUGAACAGAACAGCUGACCCCCGCUCCAGCACCAAGCAGUAACACCCAGUUCACUGUGUGAGUUGGAGGGACAGGCAGUAAUGCUGCUCCUAGUCCCUCAAGGGCCUUGGUUUCCAUGCUAACCACUGCAUUCUCUGACCUCAAGGGAAAGCCACCUGGACAACCCAGACCCCUGGGAUCAGCCUGAAGCAGGAAGAAAUUGCAGUGUCCAUCAUGAUACCAACCCUUCCUGCUCUGGCUAUAGCCAAGCCAGAUAUGGCCCCUAGUGGCAGCUCUGGGUGGACAGUUUUGGGAAACCCUGUAUAAGCGUAGGCCUGAGAACAUCCUACAGGAGGGACAGCUCUGAAGUCCUUGCGCCACCUGGUGGACUGCAAGGGCAGGGCAGCUGUAGGUUUUGGAGGGCUGGGGCCUGGCCCUCCUAUUGUCUUCUGACCUCACAGCAGCCCCAGGCAACAAACCCCACUUUUUAUCCUAGUAAUAGCUACUUUAAAUAAUCCUAUGGGACAGGCUGUAAGAAGCAAAGCCACAGGAAGGUCUAUCUCCAGUACUUUUCCUUUCAAUGAGAAUAGAAGGAAGGGACUGUGGAUUAUCCAGUAUAGGGGACUUCUAGAGUUUUCACCAGAAGGCAGGAACCCCUUAUUUUCUCACCUUAAAUUAAGGACUCUGUCCAUAGAUCCUCAGGACCAGCCUCCUCAAGGGUAAUGAUUCAAAGCUGCAGAACAAAGUCAUUCUAGUGACAAUGACCCAGGACUUGAGCGAGCCCACAACUGGCAGUAUCAGACAUACAGUGUGCGUUAUCAGCAUGCCCCGGGCGCAUAGGUAGAAACACAGUAUACCAGUUUGUAGUCCAACAGGACCCAGUACCCUUGGAAAUGGGUCUGAGUGUUCAAAGUCUUCUUUCAUAAGAGAGAACUGAAAGCAUUUCUGGUUCAAAAGCAAAUUUUUGCAUAAAUUAUUUGGGAUCAACACCACAGCUGUAUAACACAAUGCUGUGGCACAGGAACAGAUCAGGACACUCCCUUGGGAUCCCAUGGUUAGCAAGUGAAGGAUCUCAGAGGAAGGGAAAGCCACAUUUUCUAACUCUAUUUACCACAGGGCCCCUGGCCCAAAGGAAGUCUUUCAUGGACCCUCAGCAGAUAUGCAGAUAAAGGAAAGGACUCCAGUGGGAAGAAGAAGCAGGAAGGGGAUUGAGCCCAGAAUUCUGCUCCGACUCCUGCAGCAGUUCCAGGAGCUUGGAUUGAAAACAGGAGCUCUAACCCAGCCUUCAGCCCCAUUCUGUAGAUGGAGAAGCUGAGGUAAGAGGGAGGCUGUGAUCUCCUCCACACCACCUGAGGAGUCCUGGCCAGGCUUCCUGACCCACAGGCUGGCUAUGGAUUUUGCAUUUUUGCCCCAAGUCACUGUAUGGACCACCGCCAUUUGAACAAACUAUGCAAUUCCAACUGCUCAUAUCCAGAAGCAUUUUAAUAAACA